GGGGGUGCAAGGCGGAGGCGAGGCUCGCCGGCUCAGUCGCGUAUGCGGCUUCUGCUGGGGACGCCGGCCCAACAACUAGCAGCACGCAGCAACCAAGCACAGCAUCCAUCUGGCGCGCAGGUUGGGCUCCGCUAGGCGGAGGCGUGCGGCAGGUCCGCCAUCGAGGGCAGCAGCCAGGGCCAUCGAUUUGGAAAGCAAUGCCAUCGAAAGGCUCUUCUCAGAUGACCAUGACAAAUCAACGCAAUUUGUCCGAUCGACGAGCCCAGCAACCUCUAUCACAGGUUUAUGUUGAUGUUGACAGUGAGCAUGGGACUGCAGAGCGUCAAGAAAUAGGGACGACAAAGAGAGCCAGAUGGAGUCACCAGAUGAAGAUGUUCCUUAUUGAGCUCCUAACAGAUCAUGACGUGCCAGGUUUUCGAACACAAAAUGCUUGGAGUAAGGAAGCAUGGACAAAUAUUGUUUGCCGCCUGAAUACAAAAUUCGGUACAUCAUUUACGACCAACCAAGUCAAGCAAAAGGAGCAGGAUUUGAAGAAAGAUUAUCGCAGUGUUAAAGAUUUGUUGGAUCAAAGUGGUUUUGGGUGGGAUAGUGACAGAAUGAUGGUGAGUGCACCACAAAGUGUUUGGGACACUUUUGCUGAUCGCAAGAACAAAGAUGCAAUUCAUUGGCGAGAUAAGUCGUUCCCAUAUUUUGAUGAUUUAGCUCCACUUUAUGAUGGUCGUUAUGCUGAAGGGAGAACUCGCCAUGGUAUGGACCAUUAUGCAAGGAAGACAAAGAAUGCACCAGCUCAUUCAACACAAGAAGCAAAUGUGGUUGAUACAUAUCAGUCACCAUCCCCUAAUUCAAAUGCUCCAGGUGAAUCAGGUUUGCAAUUUCCUUUUGGUGAAGAGGUUGAGACAGCCAAUUUGGACUUUUCACAGCAUUCACCUACCCCUGUCCAUCUCACAAAAGUCCCACCUAGCUCGGCACAAACACCUUCAGAGGUUCCUGAAUCUCGACCUGGGAAGAAACAAAAGAUCAAAUCUGUUAGUCCUGAUGAUGGAUUUCAUGAGAGAUACCUAAAACUUAAAAAAGAAGAAAUAGAUCGAUUUGCUGCAAUUGAGGAGAAGAAAUUGGAGGAUCCUUACAGCAUCAACAAGUGUAUCACAGUGCUUGAAGGUUUACAUGGUCUACAAAUAGGAGAUAUAUUGGUGGCAGCUGAUAUCUUCAAAGGUAAGGAUAAUAGGGAAGUUUUCUUGUCCUUUUCAAGUGAUGCAUUACGCCUGGCUUGGAUUAGAAAGGAAAUCGCAGCAUUAGAGUGAGUACUUUUGUGAAACAUAUGGCAUGCAAGUAGUAGGAUAGUACUUUUGUGAAAUAGAUGGCAUGCAAAUAGAAGGAUAGUACUUUUGUGAAACAAAGGGGGUACUUUUGUGAAGCAGAUAGUAGUAGGAUAUACUUUUGCUUAGAGGGAGUGCAUGCAAGUAGUUACUUCAUUAAGUAGAAUGUGACAAACUUGGAGUACAAGACUAGUAAUUGACCUUGAAUGCCAUGGUGGUCAAAUGCAAUAUAUUAUUUCCUU